AUGGCGAUAAUCUCAAAGGGUUGCGAGGAUUGCCGGGCUAAGAAGAUCCGUUGCGAUCAGAAACAGCCCCAUUGCGGACGUUGCACUCGUGCGGGCAAACAGUGCCGGUAUCGGGAUCCAAAUGAGUUGAUGUUCCGAGAUAAAACAGAGCAUACUAUCAAUCGCGCUCGUCGUCUAAUUGCAGAGAAAGCAGCCUUGAAUCAAGUCAAGCCCAUGCCUUCAUCGAAACUUUUUCAUGGUCUGAAUGCUGGCGUUCACAAGCUAGACAUAAUCUCCGCCCACUCCGUGCACUUACCUCCAGCCAUCGAUCCAGGGCGGACGAUGCGCUACCAGGUUAUGUCAUCUUAUUGCUCCGACUAUUUUCCUCGUAUAAAACUCACAAUCGAUGUUAAUCCUACCCACUUCGUUUUCUUGGGCAUCUUCGCCCUAUCUCAAAAGAGUCAUAUGCUAGAGACUGCCUGUUCUGCAUUGGCAUACAUUUUCCAAGGCAAAGUUCACCAUGAUGAGCAUUCUCUGCAACAUGGCAUCCGGCUUUACAAUCAUGCAAUUCGCCAUUUAGCGAGCGCAGUGAGUCGCAAAUCGGAUACGGUCAAAACGCAAGAUAUCGUGUAUACCACCGUUAUUUUCCAACAGAUCCAGGGACUCACUGGGUUCAUGCAUCUAUCAGACGAUACAAUAGACUGGCUGAAGGAGCCACACAAGGGUGGCAUAUGGGCUGAGUAUCUUGAGAGUAUGGCCGAGCUUUCACGAAUUGGCAAGGUUGUCAGUACUACCAAUACCUCUGAUCACGCUGCUUUCAAGUCUCUCCUUUCCGACUGUCUUUCUCUCGAAAAGAAAUGCAUGGAAAUGUGGACGAAGAUCAAUCCCAAAAGACAACCUCCAACAUACGCCCGCGGCGAACUCACAACCGGAAUCGCACCCACGGAUGCUUUAUUUGGCCCAGCUUAUCGCUUCUCCAGUCUCGAUGAGGCCAUAUUACAUUCCUUGCUCUGGAUAGCCCUCUCCUUCCUCUUCCCCCUAAUCCGCCAAUGCCAUGUCCUUUCAAAACCAAAACAUGAUUUCCCGGAUCCCACUUCCAUGGUCGACGAUUUCCAGGACGAAGCACAUCGCAUUUCAAUAUCCUAUGUCGCCAAGGCAGUUCGGUGUCUCCCAUACAGUAGUCAAAAGGGCAUGAAUGCGUGGGGGUUGUCUUACGCGGUGUGGGUCGCAACUCAGGCUUCUCGUGUAUACGCGCACACCAGGGAUUGGGAGCGCUUUUCAUGGGCGCAGAAUGCUUUGUCAUAUUUGGAAAACCGCGGAUUUGGCUUCGCUGCUCAGUUCCGUGAUAUGUGGGGAAAGUAUUGGUUUGAAACCGAUAAACACGAUGCGUACAGGGUUCUGAGUUUGAGAACCCCGCCUGAAAAGUAUAAAAAUGAUCCUAAUGGAGAUACAGAAAAAGGUACUACUAUGCUACCAUAA